CGCGUUGAAUAAAACUCCAAUUUCUCCUCUUUAUUUUUCGCCGUCGUCUUCUCUCUUCUCCCGCUCUUUUUUUUUUUUCUUCUUCUUCUGCAUUUACCCAUCUUAUGAUCAAGCUUCAAUAUCUCAAGGUUUAAGGGUUUAAAGGUUUCGAUCUCUUCAGUUCUCUCGUGUUUAUGGCCCACUCUGACUUAUUGAAUUUGCUAUUCGCGGUGGGUGUUUGGUGUUCUGCAUAUAUUGUUGUUGCAGUUAUUGCAUCAUUGCGGAUAAUCGCCUGUCUUUGUCUGGUUUAAACUUGUGAGACAACUUGAAAGCUGCCAUGGGAUAUGCACAGCUAGUUAUUGGUCCUGCCGGAAGUGGAAAGUCAACCUACUGCUCUAGCUUGUACCAACACUGUGAGACAGUUGGCCGAACUAUGCAUGUUGUGAAUCUUGAUCCUGCUGCCGAAAAUUUUGACUAUCCUGUAGCGAUGGAUAUUAGGGAGCUUAUUUCGUUGGAGGAUGUCAUGGAGGAGCUUGGGCUUGGUCCUAAUGGUGGCCUUCUAUACUGCAUGGAACAUCUUGAAGAAAAUCUGGAUGAUUGGUUGACAGAAGAAUUGAACAAUUACAUGGACGACGAUUAUUUAGUUUUUGACUGCCCAGGUCAGAUAGAGCUCUUUUCUCAUGUUCCGGUUCUUAAAAACUUUGUGGAGCAUUUAAAGAGAAAGAACUUCAAUGUCUGUGCUGUGUAUCUGCUGGAUUCUCAGUUCAUGACAGACAUCACAAAGUUUAUUAGUGGUUGUAUGGCUUCUCUCUCAGCAAUGAAAUCCUUGAUGAAGGGCCGUAAAUCUCAUGAUUGUCCAAUUGUCCCAUCCCCUGUGCUGAGUUUUUGUUAUCAUUUCUUUCCUCAAGCGCUGCAAGUGGACGAGUAUAACAUGGUGAGUUUUGUGCCACUUGACUUGAGGAAAGAAAGCAGUAUAAGAUACGUGCUGGCCCAAAUUGAUAACUGCAUUCAGUACGGUGAAGAUGCAGAUGUGAAGAUCAAGGAUUUUGAUCCAGACGAAGACGAUGACUAAAUUCCAUUUCCUUCUCAAUUCAACUAUUUUUGUUUUUUAUGCUUUUGUGUGCGCAAAAAGAUCCAAAUGUGUUUGAACCUUUUGAGUUUCAACUAAAUAUAUACAAAUGUCAUUUGGACCUUUUGAGUUUCAACUAAAUAUAUACAAAUGUCUAUUGAACUUUUGGUACA